UGUCAUCAUCAUCGUGGCCCCUCCUAGCUAUUUGUGGUUGACUUUUAAAUGGUAGAUUGCAGAAGUUUUAUAGUGAGCUGCCUACAAGAUAUCAACCUCCUCUUUUACCGGGGAUCUUGAAAACGCCAAUGGAGAGGCUCAUAUUAAUACCACUUUCAUGCUAACAUCAUCCCACACAGUGUUCUGCAAAUUGGAUGGUUUAGUGGAGGAGAUCCGAUCAUUGCAGCCACCAGUGGAUUUGUGGAGGAAGUUUGUAUACUGUACUUCUCUAUCAGGUUACAGUCUUGGGACAGUGGAUCAUAUGCAACCGCAAGAUUUUGAACGAGUAGUCAGCCCAGUUUCUGUUGCACACUUAUCACAGUACAAGCUUACCAGAUUGCUGCUCAAGCAGCUAGAAAAACUAAACUUUCAUGUUUAUACCUGUGAUGGGUCACAAGUCCCAAACAAAGGUUCCACAUGGGAAAGGGAGAUUUUGAUGGGUCAUGAAUGCAUAUCAAUUGAUCGCACUGCUCAUGGUGUCAUGGUAGGUGCUUCCUUUCUUAAGGGAAAAAGCUACAGAGAAACAUCCACUGCCAUAUCCUUGUUGGUUCAGAUGGUGCCAGAAUUAAUGUGAGAAAACUGGUCGGCGUAGAUAUGAAAGGCGAAAGGGACUUGCAGAAGCUCUUCAGUGUCCCUUUCUUAAGCAGAGAUCUUGGACAAUUCCUACUGCAUCAGAGGCCUGGAAUGUUAUUCUUUAUAUUUAAUCCAGAAGCC